UUAUAAUUUAUAAAAAUCCCUGAAUUUAAAAAAAGAGAUUAAAAGCUUUCAAGAAUGUAGUUAUCGUAACAUUUCUUUUAAUUAACAAAUUCAUAUCUAAUAGAUUUGUAAGAUCAAAUUAUUAUGAUUAGUAUUUGUUGAGCAUUUCCACCGAUCCGCUUUUUCACAAGAAUUUGCCGAAUGUAUGGGGGAAAUAUGUACCGGUGAAAGAAGUUAAUUCAGUUCAUUCACAGUAUAGUACCUUCGCGAACGGGCUCGACGAUCCAUCUCGAGCAUACGAGUUUUUCGCGUCUUCGAUCCAAUGCGAUCACAUAUCUACUGCGAAAGAAGUCCGGAUAUCGCAUGUGUAAUUUCAAGCUAUGUUUGCGACAUAGGUUGAUUUAUUUAACCCUUUGAUUAUCGCAGACGGCUAUAAACACGCAUACCAGACUACGUGUGUCGUGAUCUCUUAAGUGUAAAUGAAUUCUUAUCUUAAUGCGAAUGAAUUGUAAAUUGAUUCCAAUGAUAUAUCAUAUGUUUUGUUAUAUCUAAUUCUUUCUACUGUUUAGAAAAUCGCGUAUAAUCGAAGAUAUUUGUGACGAAAAUAAUAAAACACAAAUUAUUUAAAACAUUCCUAUAAAAUAUAUAUAUAUGAGUAAUAAAAUAUAAAGUGAUAUUAGGACAUGAAAAUGUGUUUCGGCUGCAUCAUCAAUGUUGGAAGAUAUUCUAAAUUAAAUUUUAAAUAUGUAAGAUCCUUUUUCUGUGAAAACUUCAUUAUAUCAUCAUAAUAGAGAACAAACGUUGAAUAAUAAUAAUCAACUUUAAUCAAUUUUGUUUUCAUAAAAUUUUCGAGUUAAUUAUUCAUAGUAAUGUUUCAACACAAUACGCUAACAUAACAUUUAAUGCUAAGUAAUUUAGAAAGAAUUAAGAAAAAAUAUAAAAAUUUCAUUAACUAAAAUAUUCUUGAUAAUUACUAUUGAAUAAAUAGAGGUAUAUAUUUAAAUACGUCCUGAAUAUUUCACCGAGAAAUAAUUACACGAACAAUGAGAGAAAGACAUUAAGGAACCGUUAAAUCCUUUUGCUCGAUAAAUACUAAAAGCCCAUAAGAGCAAUUCAAUAUGAAUUCAUCGCGAAGAUCAAAAUCAUCUUCGCGAUUCAUCACAUUAAUAUCAUUGAUCAUUGUCAACACUCGAUUGUGUGGUGCCGAAACGAGCGGAGAGUAUCUUCAAAAGGCAAUGAUCGAGCUUCAGGAAUUAAAUGUGCCGUCUAAUAGCAUUACAUUGCAUGAUCGAUUGUCGGCGAAUCAUUAUCAAUAUGCCGGCUAUCAGGACGAUUAUAGCCAGGAUAAUGUACAUCGCAAGCUCAGCACUAAUAAUGCUCAUCAGGACAUCAGGCAUCAGGAAAAACCGAUCGUGAAUAAUGCAUUUGCCGAACAAGCGCAGUCUGCCGCAAACAAUAUAGUACAAUAUUACGCGAUACGCGAUUCCGCCGCUGCGGCCAGUUAUCCGAAGGUAAAACAGCCAGAGCCGCUGGUGCUCACACGAGCAAAACUGGCCGCAUUGUAUAAACAGGCCUUGGAAAAAGGAUCAGCGAUCAGCGUCGCAACUUUGACGCAGGCACUGAAUGCCGCGGGCGGCAACGGCAACGCGCAGGUCGGUCACCUGCAGCUACCGGUUAAAUACCCGUUGUACAACUAUUACUUCUUUCCGCUCAAGAGCUUUGCGUCCGAGUUGCAGGGAGAUCAUCAUCAACAGCAGGCUGCGCUCGUUCCAAUGUACGCGGCCACAGAAAGUACGGAGAACACUCAGAAGCAACUUAUGAAUCCGCUUUUUCUAGCGAUCGGCACAUUUAUUAGCAUGGCCGUUCUGUUCAUGAUGGGUGUACUAUUUCUACCAAAAUUGCCGCACUUCGAUCUUUUUAAUGCACGAGUAGCAGACAAUGACGAUUUUUUGCGUCUAACAACUUUCGUAAUGAAUGCCAUAGACGGGCGUAAUCGUUGGAAGAAUUUCAGCACAGCUAGCUGAGAAUAUGUGUGAUACCGUAUAAAAUAAAAAUUAUCACAUUUUGAUAUCAAAAAUUUUGAAAAUAUUAGUGAAUAUAUUAAUUAAAAUUUAUGCGAAUGUUUGAAUCGACCGUAAAAGAAAAAUUACGCAAAUAAGAAAAGGAAUAUUUAAUGUACAUAUUAAUAUGAAAUAGUAUAU